AUGUACUCUACAGUGUACUCACCGACAGCUGAGGUGUCUGUACUUAGAUCAGGCUGUACCUUUGAGGUUACAACUUAUUUACUAUUACACUACGAUAAGAUUCUUUUGUUCGGGGACUCAAUAACAGAGCAGUCGUAUGAACAGACAAGAGGUUUUGGAUUCGGUGCAGCAUUGGCAGAUGCAUAUAAACGCAGGUUAGAAGUAGUAAAUAGAGGAUUCAGUGGAUAUAAUACUCUUCACGCGCUUGAUGUUCUUCCAAAGAUUAUCCCGCUACCCAGUCCUAGCUCCCGGAUUAAACUUACAGUCGUCUUUUUGGGCGCCAAUGAUGCUGUCCUUCCUGGCCUGCCACAGCAUGUACCCUUGGACCAGUAUUCUAGGAACCUAUACAGGAUACUCGACCACUCAAGCUUGAAAGCACACAAUCCAGAGUUUAUUCUGGUUGGCCCUGCUCCAAUUUGUGAAUACGAUACGCAGGAACACGAUUCUUCCAAUAAAAUUAAUUAUGUCCAGCGACUAGCUGCUGUUACAAAACAAUAUUCAGAUGCAGCCCUAGUAGUCGGAAGAGAGCUCGGUCUACCAACCGUUGACUUAUGGAACGCAUUUAUUAACCACGCUGGCGGAUAUGAAGUUAAUAAGCAUUUGCCAGGAUCAAAAGAGAUUCCAAAGAACCAAAAGCUCUCAGACCUAUUUCGAGAUGGCCUUCAUUUUUCCCCUCAAGGGUACAAAAUUUUGUAUGAGUGCUUGAUGGAUGUUAUCAAAACCGACCUCCCCCAACUACACCCAACAGAACUGGAUUACGUAUUCCCUUUCUGGCAUGUGGCCCCAAAAGCUGCACCUGAGUAG